AUGAUUCUUUCCCCACACCGAGAUGUGAAUUGUUUGUUGGGCUGUCCAGCUGUAACUGGGCUUCCUCCUUGGAUUUGGGCUCCUGAAUGGAGGAGGCUUUUGACUUGCCAACUGGUCUUUGACUUGGGUUGUCCAGCUAUAACUGGGCUGGAGGCAAGCUGGCCUGCUGCUGGAGCAGGUGGCAGUUUGGGUCGGCUUAUUUGUGGUUGA